AGGCUGAGCACCCGCCUUCGUCCAUCAGCUCCAUCCUUUCCAUCCUCCCAUCCCCCGGCCGAACAGACCCGCGACUUCUCCCGCCGCCGCUUCCUCGUGCUUGCUGAGCCUCGAGCCUCUGCCGGCGGCUGCCCGCAACACCAUGGCCGACGACCUCGACUCCAUCGUCAAGGGGGCGCCGACUGCCAGUGCUGCCGCCGCCACCAGCGAUGCCAGCGUCGGCGACAGCGCCAGCGCCAAAGCCGGCACCAGCCCGUUCCCCCCUGUGCAGGGCCUGGGCAAGCCUGGCGAUCCGCUGCAUCACACGCCCAGCUCCCCGUCCAUGAUAUACCUGAAUCUCCUCAUCCUCGAAGCCUCGCUGCGCGCGCAGUUCCUGGAGCUGCGUGCCCGGAAGCGCCACCACACCUUCUUCCUCGCCAUCCUCACGCUCUGGGUCGCAUUCUUCGCUUACAAGCUAUACUUUGCCCCGCGGGAGGAUGGCCGCGGCGUUGGAGGGUCGAUAUACUGGGCGGUGGAGGGCGCACAAAAGGUGUGCUUCAUGGGCGGAAUCAUCACUGCCGGUCUCGUCUGGGCCACAGGCAUCUGGGAGCGCGGCAUUCGGUGGCCGCGCCGCUGGUUCGCCAUAUCCAACCGAGGCCUGCGCGGCUUCAACUGCAAACUCGUCAUAAUCCGACAGACAUGGUGGGCCGAGGCGCUGUCGACCAUCGGCUUCUUCCUCACCUACGGCCUAUUUUCGCAUACGGCCAGUUCGUCGUACCGCCUCGUCGAGCCGCAGCUGCUGCGCCAGGUCGAGAAAGAACUCCAACUUACGAGCGAUAACCAUCCCACCUUGGUUCUUCCCCCCGACGACGAUGAGUUUGGCGGUCACGAAGAGGACUUGGCCCCCGGCGGCGACUACGUCAAGUUGCUACUUUUACCCAAGCCGUUUUCGCCUACUUUUCGUGAAAACUGGGAGCUAUAUCGCACAGAGUACUGGGAGAGGGAGAAUGAACGCCGGCGAUUGCUACGGCAAAAGGUCAAGGAACACUCCAAGAAAAUCGCAAAGGAACAGUAUGGCUGGUUAUGGUGGCUUCCCUGGCAUCAGAAUCCACAGCCUCGCGUGCGCCGUGAGCCGCAGAAGAUGGUCCAUCACCGUAUAGCGAGCAGCGCCGAACGCAAGCGUAGGGGUAGCAGCGUGCGCCGCUCGUCAGUGAGCUCGUCGAGAAGCCCGACACCUCAAGUCUUCGACAGCGACGGCCAGACCCCGCGCAAGCAGAGCCCCAUCUCGGAGAAACGCCGAAAGCCGGCAGGGUCAAUAUCUAAAGUAAAGAGGCCUGGCGGUGAUUCUAGGUCAGUGACGCCAGACGUACCGUCACGGCUGUCUAGGGAGAGCAGCGUAACUCUUGAUACAGAGACGGAUGGCAGCAGUGGGCGGACACUACGGAGCGCGAGUAAAAGGGCCAGUCCAGUGCCUUUAUCGCCUGACUGAUUAAUGAUGCCAAGGACUAAAUGAUGGGCAUUACUGGAGAUGGGACAUGAUAUAAGACUUUGACUUUUUCUGUAUGCGUGACGAGAUCAUAUACUUUAUUAUGAAGCUUUCCAGUCCGUGUAAUUACGCCGUGUUUCUUAUUGCUCUCUUGGAUAAGACUUCUCAUAUAAUACAAUAAGCGAUGAAAUUCAU